UACAAAAAUGCUGAAACACCGGAAUUUGUGGGACGUGGUGUGGUUGCGUUGGCAUGCGAUGAGAAUGUGAUGAAGAAAAGCGGUCGUAUUCUUUUGACGUCUGAUUUGGGACAAGAAUACGGUUUUGUUGAUAUCGAUGGCAAUACACCAUCACAUAUACGCAGUAUCAGUGGUGCGCUAGAUCUGGCCGGAUGGAGUCGUCUAGCGAAAUUCGUACCAAAGUUUCUACGAUUUCCAUACUGGGCACUUCAUAUGUCCUCAAAUAAAUUCUAA